AUGACUCGCCUUGCUACAACCUUUGUUGCUGCCCUUGCCGGCGCCAACUUGGCCGCUGCCAAGUGCACUUACAAGUGGCGCGCCCACGACGGCGACACCUGUGCCUCUCUGAGCUCGGACUGGGGCCUCGCCGAGAGCGACUUCAUCAAAUGGAACCCGUCUGUGGGCGCCAACUGCUCCAACGGCGUCAAGUCCGGUGAUGAGUACUGCGUCGAAGAUGACGGCACCGGCAGCAACCCGACCGGCUCUCCCACCAGCACUCCCACCACCAUCAUCACCACCACGUCGAGCACCCCUACCCAGCCUACCGGCGGGGCCCCCUCGCCUACUCAGGAUGGUGUUGCCAAGGACUGCAAGGCUUGGUACAAGGUCCAGAAGGGUGAUACUUGCGACAUCAUCAUCAACAAGUACGGUGCCUUCUCCACCGACGACUUCCUCAAGUGGAACCCCGCCGCUGGAAAGGAUUGCACUGGCCUCUGGGUUGACUACUACGUCUGUGUUGGCGUUCCCGGCACUCCCACGUCGCCCACCGGCUCUGACCCCAGCAAGCCGAGCCCGACCCAGGCUGGUGUCGCCAAGGAUUGCCAGAAAUGGUACAAGGUCAAGAGUGGCGACACCUGCGACAAGAUCAAGAGCCAGUUCAACACCUUCUCUGUCGAUGACUUCCUGAAAUGGAACCCCGCCGCCGGCAAGGACUGCUCCGGGCUCUGGGUCGACUACUACGUCUGCGUCGGCGUCCCCGGCACGCCGACCUCGCCGACCGGCUCCGACCCCAGCAAGCCGUCGCCCACCCAGGACGGCCUCACCUCCAAGUGCACCAAGUACUACAAGGCGCAAAAGGGCGACACCUGCCAGAAGAUCGUCGACAGCAUGCGCACCUUCUCCGUCGCCGACUUCACCAGCUGGAACCCGGCCGUCGGCAAGGACUGCGCUGGCCUCUGGGUCGACUACUUCUACUGCGUCGCCGUGCCCGGCACGCCGACCAACCCGCCCCCCGCGAAGCCGAGCCCCGUUCAGGACGGCAUCACCAAGGACUGCAAGAAGUACUACAAGGUCCAGAGCGGCGACUUCUGCGACAAGAUCAUCAGCAAGUACAACAAGACGUUCAACCUGCAGCAGCUGGUUAGCUGGAACCCGGCGAUCGGCAAGGACUGCAGCCAUCUCUUUGUCGACUUUUACAUCUGCGUCGGUGUUUAA